AUGUGGCCCUUUGGCAGUGUCCCCUGGUACGCUCUAUGUGGCGAGCCUCCGUUCAGAGGUACCGCAGAUUCCACCGGCAAAGCCAUGUUCAACAAUAUCGUCGGAACUCGUAAGGUUCAGAAUCGUGCGCAUACAAAGGCUAAAGGCAAGCUCAAAGGCCAUCAGCGCGGCUACGAAGAGGGCUAUGCUCAGGGAAAAUUGGAAGAGAACGAACGAGCCUGUAGCAUGGGAAUGAUGAACGCCCGACAGGAACAUCAGCUCAGACUUAUUGAAGCAAAGCGCGAGUCACGCGAUCCCGGUCGCUGCUGGGUAUCCGCGAGUCAAUGA